GUGUAUUUCAAAUUGUCUGCUACUAGUGCAGUAUGUCAGCAACAACUAUGAUGAUCAAGCUUAGCCUGCCGCUCGAAUGCUGUCCCCAAUAUUUACGCCCCGAUCGUGUUGGGUUCAUCAGAGAUAUAUAAGAAGCUGCGUGACAGUGUGUGCAAGAACCUAGUUUCUUCACUUAUCCAACAAAUGCAGAUGGAGUAUUCGGGAGUCGAUAUCUCAGCAGCCACAAGUCUGCAGCGAUUAGGGUUCAUAUACAUGUCAAUGACGACACUCUGGGCCUAUGAUUAUGCUUAUUUAUCUCAUGAAGAAUGGAAAUUUCUGCGUCAGGCUCGCUGGACCAAAGUAAAAGCUCUCUAUAUCGUCACACGAUAUCUCCCCUUUUUUCUCAUCACAAUAUACUUAUGUCUAAACUUCACCCCGAACGAAAACCCCAAUAAAUGCCGGAUAUUGAUCAACAUUUACUCAUCUCUCAGCCAGAUAUCACUCAUUUGCUCUGAAUGUUUUUUUAUGCUCAGAACAUAUGCGCUUUGGAACAACAAUAGGAUCGUACUCGUAGGCAUGCUGACCACUGCUUUCGCUAUGGUUGUGACAUCCAUUAGCAUUCGUUUUAUCAUUAUUUCCACCUCAUACGUUACGAUUAGCGGGAUCCCAGGCUGCUCCUGGAGCUCGAGCGGUGUCCUAUACUAUACGUCGUUUGUUUUCCUACUUGUGUUUCAACUGGGACUAGUCUCCCUCACACUCACACGUGCCAUACAGAGCUGGCGGUCGGCCAAGAGUCCUCUGCAAGCCAUCCUGGCGAAACAUAACAUAUUUUACUAUGCAUGCGGUCUCUUUUUCUCUGCCGCGAACGUCCUCAUGCCAGUGCUAUUUCCUAAUUCCCCAUACUACACCGCCCUCGAAGAUUUUCAAGGUAUGCAUCCUUGCGAUCCUUGCCACGCGCAUGCACCUCCAUCUCUGGCAUCUUGACCAGCAGAUGCACAGCUCUGACGCCUUGAUAUACAUAUCUAUGUCGGAGACAUCACCUACAGAUCAUACGGUGUAAUGUCUUAUCGUGUGGAGUA